GUCCCGCGCGCUCAAAACAGACGCAGCGCGCACUCCGAGCUGCAACACGCGGAACGGAGCUUGUCUCUGCCUCUUGAGUCUGCAAAACAAGACAAAGACCUCUCCGGAUAAGAUUAACAGCAGACAACAUCUGUGCGCAUCAUGAAGUUUGCGGCUUUGGUCUGCUUGGUUGUUUUCCUCGCUGCGGAUGGAGAUUCCAUACCAGUUGAGCAGGACAGCCGAAGAGAGGAUCUGCUUACCCGGUGUUUAGUUCAGAUCCUUUCAAAGAUGCUCUACAAGACUGAUGAUAAUCCAGUGCAUCCAGAAUGCAAAAACAUCCUUACACCAGGAUCAGGUCAUUCCACAUUUGUGAAAAAUCCGGAAGAUGCUCAAGAGGAGCUGAAAAAACCAAGAGGAGAGUCUAAAGUCAAGGAGGAGGAACUCAUUGAGGAUCUUCUCAAAGCUGACAAACGCGAAGAGCUGGAUGACGAACGGAGCCAGGAAGAGUUUCCAAAUUUUAUGAAAAGAAGAACAAAAGACAGGCGUGAGGAAAUGGACGAUGACCGGAGUCAGGAAGAAUUCCCAAGUUUUAUUAAAAGAAAAAUCAAAGAAAAACGCGAGGAACUGGAUGAUGAACGGAGCCAGGAAGAGUUUCCUAGUUUUAUGAAGAGAAGAAUCAAAGAAAAACGUGAGGAACAGGAUGAUGAACGGAGCCAGGAAGAGUUUCCUAGUUUUAUGAAGAGAAGAAUCAAAGAAAAACGUGAGGAACAGGAUGAUGAACGGAGCCAGGAAGAGUUUCCUAGUUUUAUGAAGAGAAGAAUCAAAGAAAAACGUGAGGAACAGGAUGAUGAACGGAGCCAGGAAGAUUUCCCAAGUUUUUAUAAAAGAGGCUACAAGCAGAAAAGAGAAGAUUAUGAUGAUGAGAGAAGCCAAGAGGAAUUUCCUCAGAAAAGACAUUUUUCCAUCCUUUACAAGCGUGAUAACCCCGAUGAGGAGCGCAGCCAGGAGGAAUUCCCUCCAUACGAGUAUAAAAAGAGUCAUCUUCUGGCCAGCAGAGAAAAACGUGAAGAACCAGACUAUGAUAGAAGCCAAGAAGACUUUCCAAGUUACACCCACAAAAGAAACUACGGCGAUGGAGAAGAAGAGAACGAUGAGAGUGAGGAGAGAGAAAAGCGGAUCUGGAAGCCAUCCCAUAGAUACCACCACAAGAAAAAGCACCACAAACGCAGUGAGAAUGAGGCUUCUGAAGAACCAGACUAUGACAGAAGUCAAGAAGAAUUCCCAAGCUACACCCACAAAAGAAACUACGGGGAUGGAGAAGAAGAGGACGAGGAGAGUGAGGAGAGAGAAAAGCGGAUCUGGAAGCCAUCCCAUAGAUACCACCACAAGAAAAAGCACCACAAACGCAGUGAGAAUGAGGGUUUUGAAGAACCAGACUAUGACAGAAGUCAAGAAGAAUUCCCAAGCUACACCCACAAAAGGAGCUAUGGAAAUGGCAGGCACCAAAAACAAAUCGAGGAUUUGCUGAACGAGCAAUCUGAGGACAUGAACUCUCAGGAAAAGCGGUCUGAGGAAUCCGAAGAGGUAGACGAGGAUAUUGCAAAACGAUACUGGAAACCCACUCAUAGAUACCACCAUAAGAAGCAUCACCACAAGCGUGGCGACUCCAUAGAGCUCGAGAAUGAAGAUGAACCCAUCUUAGAGAAGACUCACAGUCUCCAUGAGUCAAUAGACAAGGCCAUCAAGCUCCGUUCACCUGAAGAGGAGGAAAAGGAAAUUGUCCAUGAGCUUAAUGAAAAUGAGCUGAAGAAAGGACACAAGAGUUCGGCAGAGGAGAAGCAGGACAGGGAGGCUGCGUUGAGGUACCUAACAAAGAAAAAGAAUGAGUUAGAGGAACGUCUACUUAACAAAGGUGAGGUCUAUGAGAAACGCUCCCCAUGGAUUUACAGAGGAUACUACCAUCCAGCCUGGUACAAAAGAAGCCAUAAGGUGGGUGAAAACACUGAACACCCCAACCUCAAACUAGAAGAGGUCGCCGGGACCCUCCGGUACAAAAGGGGCCUGCCUUCUCAGGAAUCGUCAUCUGGGGAGGAAAAGGAUGUCUCCCAACAGAAGCUUUUCACACCAAAGGAGUUAACCGAACUUGAGAAACUGGCCUCUGUGGAUCAACAGAUGAAAGACACAACUUAACCAUUCCAAAAACCAGCUGAAACAUCAUCUUCCCCUGCUGCCUGAUUUGACUUUCCAUCAGCUUUAUGUGUGCUCACUUGGGCUGCUUUAUAUGAAUGCAUUAUAUGUUGUACCCAUUUACAACUGCAUAAGACUUUUGUUAUUGGUGUAAGUCAGUGUAUAUUUAAUGUGAGAGUCUGAGAAACAAGACAGUCUAUAAAAAAAGUAGCUUGAUAAUGUCAUGUGAAUUAUUUUUCUCUUUAUUACAUAAUCUAAAAUAACAAAGACAAAUGCCCAUGUCCUAUUGACUGCAUUUAAGAGCAUGCUACGUGAAAGAUGCUGUACGUGUUUAAAAAUUCCUGUUGUUCUUUAUGGCCUUCAAUAGAACCCCUGCAUUGUUUGCAUUUAAUAAAAUGUGUAAUUAUGGGACCAAAGCUGAUGGAUGCAGUUAUCAUUUGUGUUUUGAUGCUGGAAGCCUUUUGAACAUUAUUAAAAAAACGAUAAAUAUACAGUUUCCCUUAGCGAUGAAUGAUUGACUAAGCUUUAUUGUGAGCAAAACUUGGUUAUUCGCCAAGUGCAGAGGAUGGCGUCUUUUACAAAAGUAAAUGCAUCUUUUACAUCCCCCCACAUCUUGCUAAAAAAAUAAAUAAAUAACGAUGAAGGGAACAUUCUGUAGCUCUUAAAUGCAAAUCUUGGCAAAAC